AUGAAUCAGAAUUUGAGGGAAGCUGCCGAGCAAGGAAACAUUGACGCCUUGUACUCGUUGAUUGAAAUCGACACGGAAGUUUUGAACAAGAUCGAUGAAAUUUCAUUUGUUGAGACGCCUUUACAUGUAUCUGCAGCUGCAGGAAAGACUGAGUUUGCGAUGGAGAUGAUGAUGUUAAAGCCAUCAUUUGCUAGGAAGCUUAAUCCAAAUGGCUUCACCCCCUUGCUCCUUGCUAUGCAUUAUAACCAAAUCCAAUUGGUGCUCGAGCUACUUAAAAAUCAUAAGGACCUUGUCUGCACGCAAGGAAGGGGUGGUAUGAAUCCUUUACAUUAUGCAGCUCAAACAGGAAACCUCAUUCUGUUGGCUGAAAUUCUAAGAGUCUGCCCCAAGUCUAUUGAAGUUGUGACAAGUCAAAGUGAGACUGCUCUGCACGUUGCACUGAAAAACGACAUGUUAGAUGCUUUUCUGCUCCUGCUUGGAUGGCUUCGGCGGGCCUGGUUUAGAAGUGCGAGAUUGUUGGAGGGUAGGAUACUGGGAUGGCUGGAUUUGGAUGGUAACAGUGUGCUUCACAUUGCAGCAUCCAAAAAUGAAGCCCAGGUCGUGAGGCGGUUAUUGGAUUGUAGCGGAAUUGUUGUAAACGCCAAGAAUUCAGAGGGUUUUACUGCUCUGGACAUCGCGGUGGAUAGGCAAACACAAGUGGACAAUCAAGAGAUGAGGAAUAUGCUAUGCCGUGCCGGAGCAAAAUGUGCUUCAUCUCUUCCUAAGUUUUCUUGGGCAGAUUACUUCAGAUCUCCUGUCUCAAAUAAUGAGAAGUUAUUCAUAUUUUCCUUUCGUGUGAAAAUGCAAAUGUCAAACGACAUGCGCAAUAUGCUGUUGGUGGUUUCUGUACUGCUUGUAACAAUCGCCUACCAAGCAGUAAUCAGUCCCCCUGGAGGAUUUUGGCAAGAUAACUCCAUCCCUGGAACAAAUAAUCAGUUCAAUAUCACAGCCGCCACCAGCGCUACUAAUGAAGUCAAUCAAGUCCCACAUCGGGUGGGGACAGGAAUGAUGUUGGCAGCAAGGUGCACUACCCAUGUUGGCACAUUGGAACUGACAACUGGUGAGGCUUUAGCAGCUUGCUGUGCGGCUAGAUUAUGCCAAGAAUUAGAUGUGCGGCCAUAUGCUUUCAGGGCGACGCACUUUAGGUUGUGA